CAAUAGCGGAACCAUUUCUCUGCUUGUUGUGUUUCCGGGGGGACAUGUUUUGUGCUACACUUGUUGCACACGCUGCUCAUCCUGCACCACCAGACCAAACAGAGUUGACUGUUCAUCCAGCACCAUGCCGACCGACACCAAGCGUAUACGCGGCCCAGAGGUGUCCCAGAGUCCGUAUCUGUUUGUGGGUAAACCGGCGGCCGUGAGUCUCCCCUCGCACGGAGCCACCGGAGCCCGGUUGGACGGUCGGCAGCGGGAUCAGGUGGACGUCCGGCCGGUGUUUGUCCGGUGCGGGCUGGUGAGCCAGGCUAAAGGCUCCGCGUACAUCGAGGCUGGAAACACCAAGCUGAUGUGCUGCGUUUAUGGCCCCAGAGAAAUGGAGCGGAAAGAUGAGACCGAUAUGAAAUGUGGAAGGUUGACUACUGACAUGCGUUUCGCUCCGUUUUCCUGCCUGGAGAGGGGCGCCUGGAUUCAGGGGAGCCAGGAAAAGGACCUCUCCCUGAUGCUACACGAGAGCCUGCAGCCAGCCGUGUGCCUCCACAAAUAUCCCCGCUCUCAGAUCGAGGUCAACGUGAUGGUCCUCGAGAACAGCGGCUCGGUUCUGGCCCACGCAGUCACGUGCGCUUCUCUCGCUCUCGCGGACGCCGGGAUCGAGAUGUACGACCUGGUGCUCGGUUGUUCCAUACGCCAGGACGGCGCCUCUUAUGUGGUUGACCCUUCUUACACAGAGGAAAGCAGCUGCAGCUCGGUCAGCGGCGAGAACCAGGGCGGUCUGACUGUCGCGUUCCUCCCCAGCCUGAACCAGAUCUCUGGGCUGCAGUCAGAUGGAGAAAUGAGUGAAGAGACUCUGACAGCCGGGGUUCGGACCUGCAUCGAGGGAUGCUAUAAACUGUACCCGGUCAUCCAAAAAGCCCUGGCCAAGGCUGUGCGCAGGGCCGCGCCCCCACCGUCAGAGAGCUGAGAGACUCCUUAACCAAUAACUGCUCAGCUCAUAGUUUUUCUACUUUACAAUGUCCAAUGAUUACUUUGAAAACAUAACCCAUUUUCUCCUAUGUUUGCUAUUAAGUUCUUUAAAUGGAAAUAGUUAAGACUGAUUUAACUGUGUUUUCUUAUUAAAUGAUUUAAUAAUG